AUGAAGAUCAACACCUUGAUUCUCCUCGCCCUGGGGUCUUUUCGUGUAGCUGCCGAUUCAGAUUUUGCCGCAACCUGUCACGACAUUCUUGUGUCUCAGCCAGGUGGUAAUGCCAACUAUCCGAAAGACCGCUUUUCCUUAUAUGCAUGGUGUCGCAAAGAAAAGGGUGCCUGGAGCGACUCCUUUCUCAAUCUCAGCAAAUGUAUUGCUAAUGACGGUGGCAAUCUGGUUGCUCGAGAGAAAUGCGUCAACAACAACGGUGGAACGACAGAUGCCUCUAUUGACUUGAAUCGACUCGUUGGAAACCGAGAUGGCGCUCUCACUUGCUUUGGCGCUUCACACGCUUCAUAA